AUGGAUUCCUCAAAAGAACACCUCUCGGACACAAUUGCCGCUGCCCCAUACAGCCACAGGCCCCCGAGUCCUCCGUAUAUUCCAAUUCCUAUGACGUAUCCCAAGGGGCCUGCAGCAGCCACCAUAGUUCCCUCAUUCGACAAUGUCGACGCUAUGCGUUUGACAAGCGAGGAUCUCAGAAUCAUCACCCGCAACAAAAGUCAGACAGCUACCGAUAGGUCAGUGGGCUGGAGCUACGAAUCCCGCCGCAAGGCCCAGACAAUAUUGGACUUUCUUUAUCUCGGUCCCUUGUCUGUCGCUCGCGACGAGGCUUGGCUGGCUAAGGAGGGCAUCACCAUGGUAAUAGUGACGCGCCAUGCAAGAGUCGCCCAAGCCAGGCUUAUGAGCGUGGAUAAGGUCGCGCAAAAGUUGGGCAUCUUGGUUGAGUACUUGGAUGUCCUGGACAACGCCCAGCUGAUCCGCGGCUUCCCCGAGGUCGUGGCAAAGAUCAAUGGACACCUUCUCAAUGUCUACCGCAGCCAGGCGACACCUGUGCAGGAGGGCCAAAUGAUCAUCGACAGCGACAACUUUAAGAGUGGCAAGGUCUUGCUUGUUUGCGAGACAGGAAAUGACCGGUCGGCUUUCGUCGCUGCAGCAUACAUCAUGAACAUGUACGGAAAAGACAUGGUCUCCACUGUCCAAUUCAUCUCUAUUCAGCGAUUCUCCGCCAACUUUGACGAGGACGGAAAAAGAAUGCUGCAGGCAUACGAAGACAUACUCAAUGCUCAGAGAAGCGUUUCUAGCGCGACAAGAGAUGUGCCCCGAGCUGGUCAUUUCGGUGCUUCCAGCGGUGGAGGCAAGCGAGGAAUCGAGUCAACUUUUGAUGAAGAUGACAUGCAAGUCGGUGAUGGUUAUGCGACAUUCACCACAGAUCGUGAACGCUACCAAGACAGGGGCAGAUUUGCCCCCUUCGUUGACCGUGAUUCGGCGCCCUAG